CCAGAAGGGAGACGUGGACAUGCUGAAGGAGCUCCAGCUCUCCCUGUUGGUCGUCCUGCUGCUCUCCUGCGGCUUCCUCUACCAGCUCACCCUGAAGCCCAGCUGCCUCUUCUCCUGCCGGCCCCCCCAUAAGUCCCAGCAGGGGCCGGAAGCCCUUCUGGGCAAGGGACGCAGCAUUGUGUUCCUAGAGACCUCUGAGAGGACGGAGCCGUCCCCGCUGGUCUCCUGCGCUGUGGAGUCCGCUGCCAAGGUUUAUCCCGGGCAGCCGGUGGUGUUCUUCAUGAAGGGCCUCAGCAGCUCCACGCAGCUGCCCCCGAACGCCACGUACCCAGCCUUUUCCCUCCUCUCAGCAAUAGACAACGUUUUCCUCGUCCCUUUGGAUAUGAAAAGCCUGUUUGAAGACACUCCAUUGUCUUCAUGGUACACUCAAAUCAACGCCAGUGCAGAGAGAAACUGGCUCCACGUCAGCUCAGAUGCGUCCCGCCUGGCCAUCAUCUGGAAGUACGGGGGCGUCUACAUGGACACGGAUAUCAUCUCCAUCAGGCCCAUCCCUGCCGAGAACUUUCUGGCCGCGCAGGCUUCCCGGUACUCCAGUAACGGGGUGUUCGGGUUCCUCCCCCGCCACGCCUUCCUGUGGCAGUGCAUGGAGAACUUCGUCGAGCACUACAACUCAUACAUCUGGGGCAACCAGGGGCCCGACCUGAUGACGAGGAUGCUGAGAGUGUGGUGCAAGCUGGAGGACUUCCAGGAGUUGAGCGACCUGCGGUGUUUGAACGUGUCCUUUCUGCACCCCCAAAGGUUUUACCCCAUCUCCUACCCUGAGUGGAGGCGCUACUAUGAGGUGUGGAGCCCAGAGCCGAGCUUCAAUAACUCCUAUGCCCUGCACCUGUGGAACUACAUGAACCAGGAAGGGAAGGCUGUGGUGAGAGGCAGCAACACGCUGGUGGAAAACCUCUACCGCAAGCACUGUCCCAGGACUUACAGGGACCUGAUUCGAGGCCCGGAGGGGUUGGUGGCUGGGCAGUUGGGCACAGGAAACAAGUAGAGCCAAGUUUGUUGCUGCUACAUCGUGGAACUAGAUCCACGCCUCUCCAGGGGCCUUACUUCCCCGGGGGCCUCGCUGCCCCCUGACCUCCACUUUCCCCAGGGGCUCAGUAAUCUAGUCCUCUACCCACCCGCGGUAUCCUCUGGACCUGGGACACAGCCUGGCACACGGUGGGCACUCAGGAACUCUUGGCUGAAUUGAAUGUUGGACUCUGCCCAGCUAAGGGAAGGAGGUGAGGGUUACAUGCAUGGCAGGUCUUGGACAGCUGAGGAUGCAGUCCUUAGCGUUAGCCUUACCGGCAAAGUAGACCAGGGUGCAUGUCAAGUCCACUUUCUCACAACAGCCCUGCAAAAGAGGGUGACCCAUUUGCACGGGGAAAAUCGAGGCUGGUGGAAGUGGCAGUCACAAACAGCUACCCUCAGAGCUUUUUUCUACACACGCCAGGGACACAUGGGGACAGAGCUGCGAAGCAAAUGCUCUCUGCCCAGAUCUCACACUGGGCUGCACUCAGAGGACACGCACCGACUGCCAGGCCCCAGGCUGAGCCAGAGACGCUUUAGCUAAGUUGUGUCUCAUGAUGACCCUGCUCGGUAGAGUUUAUCCCCACUCCCACCCCGGCAGCUUGGGAAUGUGGAAUGUAAAUGAAUCUUUGACCCCAAAUCCUAGGCUCUCCCCUCCCCUGCAGGGGGUAGUAGGAACCCCUGGAGAGAUAAGCAUGCCUAGGUCCUGGUCCUUGCCCCAGUGAAAUUUUUAGCAUUUUAAAACUUGUGAUAAAAUAUACAUACCAUAGCAUUUGCCAU